AUGGGAAGUUUGACAGCAGCGACACCUCAUGUGCGACAUUAUAAUUCUCCUCCCUCAGUCACUGAUGCAACAAGUGUAAAUAUUCUUCAAUGCAAGAAUAUUAUUGCCAAAGUUAGUGAAGCUUCUGCACAGAUUUUUAAUCAUCCAAGGAAGGUUUCUGAAUGUAAGGGUGUUUACAUGUCCACGUCAUUUGGAUCAUCAUUCAUUGGAAACAGUGGCUUAAAUUUGAAUAUGAUUUCAAUUCAUUACCAAAGGCGUUCGAUGUUCAUAAAUAAUCUUUUUUGGGAGUUUUCUGCAGAAGUGUCUGUCAACAUUUAUGUAGCUUUCGUGCUUUCGACCAUCAUGAGGGAUUCAUCUGCUUCCAUAAACAUUUCAAUUAACUGCUGGAAACUUCGAGAUAUGUAG